UCGCCGUCGUCAGCACACGCGCACGCAACGUCGCACGGCAGCAACAGCAGCAGUACGGCAGCAACAUCAGCAGCACGGCAGCAACACCAGCAACUCGGUUCUCGGUUUCGUGUCGUAUCGCUAUCGUUUCGCAUCGGUUCGUGCCUCGUCAUCAGCCCAAAAAAUAAAAACGAAAAACGAAAGAUAUUAUAGCCAGGGAAAAAGCAGGCAGCGUUGAGUAGAACGCACCUCGAACAGGUUUCGCCGUCGUCCGGAGAAACAGAAAGGUGCUCAAUUCCGCCCAGUGUGGAGGUAUUUUUUCGGUGUUCCCGCUACAAAAUACAACAAAAAUAUAUAAAUAAAACAACAACUUUCUGAGGCACUUUCGCGUCGGGUUUUAACAACAAUUUUCAAGUGUUUCUGCCGCCUCUUGUUUGUUCGCAAACACAGCGGAAUAGAAGAAUAUAUUUGUGACUGUGGAAAACAAAAAUUAUAAAACACAAAACAAAGCAAAUCAAGCUGUUUAGCUUAAUCCAAAGAGAGAGCCAAAAUUUUUGAUACGCAAAAUACAAAAUACGAAAUUUGUUAUUACAAAAACUAUAGCCAAAAUCAAAAAAAUCCCAAGUGCAACAUGGUUUCCCACAAAAUGUUCAAAAUGUCUAACUAAAGAGUAACUAAAAGUAAAGAUUAAACUGCUAGGCAAAAAAGCGAAUAUCAUCCGGAUUCGAAGGGCAUCUACAUCCGCAUCUACGAGAUCAUCUUUAGCGUACAGGAACUGGAAGCAAUCCCCACAAGAUGCUGACCAUGGAAUCGGAUAUGAAGGGCAGCCUGCUGCAUGCCACGAUGCCGCCGCAUCAUACAAGUGCCGCGUUGCACGGACAUGCCUCAUCGCCGUAUUCGGCUUUGGCCCCACUGAUGAACCUGGGCCAGUCGCACCUGACCCACUCGCAGCUGAGCCACCACAACCACCACCACCACCACAUGAGCGCCCACAUCGCGGCCAGCCAGAGUCCCAAUCCGCUCAGCUCGCUGCAAUCCUCGAUGGCCAACACCCUGAACGGCACCCAGGUGGGUCAGCAGCAGCAGCAGCAGCAGAGUUCCCCACUCCACAGCUCCAGCGAACUGAGUCCCACGCAGAGCAGCAUUGGCAGCCACCACAUGACCUCGCCGGUGAGCCACCAGCAACAUAGCCAGCAGCAGCAGCAGCAGCAACACUCCCAGCAGCAACACCUGGCCGCCGGAUCCGCUCUGAGCAGCCUGACCGGCGGUUCCAGCAACAACAACAACAACAGCGCCACGGCCAACAAGAACCAACAACACGCGGAUCGAGUGAAGCGGCCCAUGAACGCGUUCAUGGUGUGGUCACGCGGUCAGCGGAGGAAGAUGGCCUCGGACAACCCGAAGAUGCACAAUUCGGAGAUCUCGAAGCGACUGGGCGCCCAGUGGAAGGACCUCUCGGAGUCGGAGAAGCGGCCGUUCAUCGACGAGGCGAAGAGAUUGCGGGCGGUGCACAUGAAGGAGCACCCGGACUACAAGUACCGGCCGCGUCGCAAGACCAAAACGCUGACCAAGACCAAGGAGAAGUACCCGAUGGGCGGUCUGAUGCCCGGCCAGGCGGUGGGUGGAGGGGCGCCGGGAGAGCCGGUGACGCCCACCCGGGGGCAGGGCCAGCCCGGCCAGAACCAGUCGCUCAACGGCAGCGGAGGCAGUGCAGCGGCAGCGGCGGCGGCGGCAGCAGCGGCAGCCCAACAGGCGCGCCAGGAUAUGUACCAGAUGAACGCGCCGAACGGAUACAUGCCCAAUGGCUACAUGAUGCACGCGGAUCCGGCCGGAGCCGCGGCCUACCAGACCUCCUACAUGACCUCCUACAUGGGCCAGCACUACUAUCCCCAGCAGCAGUCAAGUCUGGAACAGCAAAUCGGAAUGUGUCACCAGCAACACCAGCACCUCCCGCAUCUGUACCAGACGGUGUCCGGUGGCCAGACCUCGCCGUACGGGAGCAGUCUGCAGCAGCCGGGAUCGCCGUCGCCCUACGGCGGCAGUAGUCUGCAACAGCAGCCGGGCAGUCCGGCUCCCUACGGCGGCGGAGGAGGCGGUGGCACCCAGGUGUCCUGCCAGAGCCACAGCCCCAGCGACUCGAGCAUCAAGUCCGAGCCCGUCUCGCCCAGUCCCAGUGCCAUAGCGCUCAACAACAACAACAACAUCAACAACAAUCACAUCAUGAAGCGGGAGUACAGCUCGGCGGCAGCGGCAGCAGCAGCAGCCGCCGGCGGCGGGGAGCUGAAUCACCUGAUGAACAUGUACCAUCUGCCCGACGAGCAGCGCCACCUGCUGCACUACCAGACUGACUCGCCGGACUUGCAGCAGCAGCACCAGGCGAUGCAGCAGCAACAGCAGCAGCAGCAGCACCAACAGAUCCCGCAGCAACACCAGACGAUGCAGCAGCAACAGCACCACCUGCAGCACCAGCAAUCGCUGAGGACGAUGGCGCCGCUGGCACACAUGUGAGAAAUGGCCAGCGCCUAUGGAGCAGCAGGCUCCAGUGUGAGCGUAUCGCCCCCACUGCCGCCGUACAUGCCGACGGCCCCGCAGCAACAGCAACAGCAGCAGCAGCAGCAACAACAACAGCAGCAGCAGCAACAGUUGCUGAACGGACGGCCUAGUCCGACGGCAUCGGGGUCGUCGGGCGGCCGCUCCUCGGCGCAUUCCAGUGGCCAUACCGCCGCGCAUUCACCCGCCUUGGCAGCCGCCUACCAACUGACCCCCUCUGCUGCCGCCUCCUCCGCCUCUGCCUCUGCUGCUGCGGCGGUAACUGCAGCGGCUGUUGCUGCUGCUGCUGCGGCGGGCUCUUCGUUCGCCGCCUCGGCCAGCAUGCUGGACAUGCAGCAGCAACAUCUCGAGGAGCAGCAGCAACACCAUCAUCUCCACUACCAGCAGCAGCAGCAACACUACCAGCAACAGCAGCAGCAGCAGCAACAUCUCCCGCAGCAGCAGCAGCAGCAACAUCAGCUGUACCAUCACUAUCAUCCUGGCCACGAGGCAGCGGUGGCCGCCAGUGCUGGCCUCUUGGAUAUAUCCACAUUGUAAAUUAUUGAAAAUAUUAACUAAAAGCCCUAGGAUACGCACACCCACACACAGACACAAUUUUAGCCUUAGUUCUUAAGCAGGUUUAAUUCGAAAUUGCAGAGUAACAAACACAAACACACUCACACACAUGCAUAUAAAUAAAUGAAUAGGGUUAAUGUUUAGUCAUUUAAAUGAAGCAUACGCACUGUUGUACCACAAUAGGAAGAUGACAACUCACUUGCAUUCCAUACUGUUCUGCUUCAAUUUUCAUUGAUUUUCCGCUUGCUGCAUAGCUAAAACAAUUGUGUGAUACAAAUAAAUUGUUGCGAAUUACUGAGACAACAAAUCGUUUGAUUUAGCAUUUCAUUUUCACCCACUUUUUGCUGUACAAACCAUUCUCAGACAUUAAAUGUGCGUUCGAAGGAAGCAACAAAAAGACGCGGAAGCAAAAAACACAAGUUUAAUAGGUAUAAAGACAAUUGAUACGAGAAAAGAAAAUAUGAAAAUAUUUCAGAAAAGCAAAGAAAAAUGUCAAAAACAUUCUAUUUUAUAAAUUCUCUU